GACAGGUACCAUAUUAGAUUUAUGCUAAAUCCCAAUUUAUUUAUUUUAUGCGUAUCAUGUAUAUACAUAGAAGCUAUAAACAAAACAUUUCAAAGCGACAUGUUCGAAAUUCAACAUAGAUUAGCAAAGCUGAAACCUUUGUCGGAUUUUCAGCUCUCUGAUUCGGAUCAUGGCAGUGAACUGCUUCGUCGAUUGAAUGAACUACGAAAAACAAAAUCGUUUUGUAAUGUGCUUUUAAAAACACAAGAAGAACAUCAAGGUUUCGCAGUUCAUCGCGAGGUUUUGGUAGCUUCUAGCCCGUAUUUUAAAGAAUUGUGCAAAGAUGAUUCCACGACUGGGCAAAGUCAAGACAUCGUUGUACAAAAUCUCACUCCAAGCGUCCUCGUAGCAAUCAUUGACUAUCUCUACACGGGCGCUAUAAUGCUUACGUUUGAAAAUGCACAAGAUAUCUUCGAAGCUGCUGCUCUGUUACAACUGAAAACUCUCCUCACUGUGUCUGAACGUUACUUGAUGAAAUGCAUCAGUCCUCAAAACUGCCUGCAAGUCAUGUCCAUAGCGACGAAGUGGAAAUUCCCAGUACUUUUGGAAAGUGCUCGUAGGUGUACGAGUGGUAACUUUGCAAAAGUUGUCGAAUUGAAAGAGUUUCCUGGGAUUGAUGCGAAGAACUUAAAGGAGGUCAUAUCCAGCGACCAUCUGAUUGUGGGCAACGAAAACGAGGUGUACGGAGCCGUUAGAAAAUGGAUAGAGCAUGAUCGUGAACAGAGGUUGAAAUAUGUUCCACUGCUCAUGAGUCAAGUUCGUUUCAGGUUUAUGCCCCAAGAGUUUUUAACUGCAACCUACAGGCAAGAUCCCGUCAUGAAUGUGUCACCAUUGAGUGAAGACUUUGUGCACGAGGCGCUUAUGUACAACACUUUGUCGCCCGAGGAACGGGGCAAAGUGCAUACGGUUAGAGUGAUGGAGAGGUGGUGUAGUUUGUCCAUCCAAGUUCUUCUUCUUAUUGGCGGUUUCAGCCCAGAGCCCGAACACAACAUGAAACAGUGGGCGUUUGAUCCAGUGAACAGUCAAUGGUACGCCAUAUCAGCCUUACAGUCUCCGAGACAUCUGUUCGGGAUGGUGCACUGUGACAGCGGUCUUUAUGUUUUCGGUGGUCUGAAGAGCAUGGCUGACGAUAAAUUUUUCGCAACCGUCGAAAUGUACGACGCGAAAUUGAAUCGAUGGAAAUCUGUCAACAAGGCGAUGUGUGAAGCUAGAUGUCGCUUUGACGCUGUUUCCGUAGGAGAUGUAGUGUAUUUUGUUGGCGGAAUGUGCAAUGAUCCUCAUCAAAAAACGCUAGAAAUGUAUUACCCGAAUUUGGCGGAAAAUGAAGAAGAAAACGAUAGAAUGGAACAGGUUCAAACGCCCUCUCCGAAGCUACCAAGAUACGAUCACUGUUCUACAGUUUUGGAUGGAAAGAUUUAUUUCAUUGGAGGCUGUACCCGUGGUCAUAGAGCGUUGAGGGAUGUUGAAUGUUACGAUCCUGAUCAAAAUAUCUGGUCCGAUGUCGCACCUUUAUUGGUUCCCAGGACUGGAGCAUGCGCGGUCACACUUGAUGAACGCGUCAUUGUGAUUGGUGGCUCGAAUUUGAAGGAUCCACUCAGCAGUUGUGAAAUGUACGACCGAAGUCAGAACAAGUGGGAGAACAUUGCACCAAUGAACGAAUUUCGUGAUCGUUGUACAGCAGCGUGCUUCAACAAUAAGAUUUAUGUAUUUGGUGGAUCGUACGGUCGUGUCGUACAAAAUUCCGUUGAAUGUUACAACUUCAAGACAAACAAAUGGAGAGUCGUCAGUCAUCUGCCAGAGCAAAAACAUGGAUUUAAAUGUGUUCAAAGUGUGAUAAACCGUUCACUUGUAGAACAAGUGGGUUUUGAACAGGUGUAAUUAAUGGACAAUAGUGAUGAGUACUCAGUUUGUCUCAUUUGAAUAAUUGUAUUACAUCGGAAAAAUCAAAUUA